AUGAUCGAAGACGAGCUCUACCGCUCCUCAACCCAAUACCGGAAAUGGUCCUUCACGCCCGCCCAACUCGCAGAGCAGCGCAAGGAGACCAACGAGUAUGCUGCCGCGAAGGUGCGCGCGGCGUUUCAGCGGGCGAGGGCAUCGACCACAAGUGCCAAGGAGAACGGCGAUGAGGCGACUGCAGAUGCGGAUAUGGAGACGCUGACGGUGGAGGAGGAGCUGACGAUUGUGAAUUGGGGAUGUGGGAAGAUCGAGGAGAUGGGGACGGCGUUGAGGCUGCCGAAGGGGUUGAUUGCCACAGCAAUGCAGUACCUCCGCCGCUUCUACCUCACCAACAGCCCCAUGACCUACCACCCCAAAUCCAUUACGGCAUGCACGCUCUUCAUCGCCACAAAGUCCUCCCACUUUUUCAUAAAACCCAUCAAUUUCAUCGAGAACCUUAACGGCAUCACGGUCGACGACCUCAAAGCCCCGGAGUUCUUGGUGUUACAGGGUUUGCAGUUCACGCUGGAUGUGCGGCAUCCAUUCAUGGGGCUAGAUGGCGGAUGGGUUGAGAUUAGGGAAAUGAUUGAGGAGGGGAGGUUGUCAGGGGGUCGGGGCGAGGAGGUGGAUGAGAAGAGGGCCCUGGAGGCGGUAAGGCAUGCGAAAGGGUUGUUGAGGAGGGAGGCGCAGAUGACGGACGUGUACUUUUUGUAUACGCCGAGCCAGAUCUGGUUGGGGGCGUUGUGGGCUGUGGAUCAGGAGUUGGCGGAGAUGUACUUGGAGGCUAAGUUAGGGGAUGUGUUCUCGAGCUCAGCUGGUAACAAUGGUAGCGUAGAGGGCGCGGACGCUAUGGAGUCGAAGUCUGCUACCACACCCAACAGCCUCACGCCACAACAAGCCGACGCGAUGAAGCAAAAGAUUCUGCACACGAUCCAGCAAUGUGCGGAAAUGCUCAAGUCGUGGAAGUCGCCGGAAGAUGACAAGAAGGAGCGUAAGGAGCUCGGGCGCAUCGGCAAGAAGCUGAUGAAGUGUCAAGAUCCAGAGAAGGCGGAUAUUGUGGCAGUGGCGAGAACCAAGAUGGCGGAGAAGCGAGAAGGGAGUGAGAGUGAGCGGGAGGAGAAGGCGAAGAAGCGUAAGCUGGAGCAGGAGAUGGUGAAGAGGGAUGCGGAUGUCUUUGGUGGGGAUUUGAGGGAGGUGGGCGGGAAGGGGGCGAAUGGGGCAUGA